AUGCAGUAUAACUCGGCGCACUGGUAUGGCGAGGCUAUGCGGGGUAUCUAUACCCAGCCCUUCAUGCUACAGGCCACUGACCUCAAGGAGAUCCAACACGUGCGGCUCGAGGUCGCGGUGAUGUGGCUGUCACAACAGGCUUCGACCCGCGGGUCACUCUUUAAAUCCGCAGAGUCGCUACAGUUCCGAAACGAGAAUGGCUAUCCUAUCAAGGCACAGAGCAACUGCAGCUAUCGGCACCUUGUCACUUUUGCCCAAGGAUGCACCCUCGCCAGCAGUACCACGGGCAACGGAUUUACCUGGACUGCGUCAGAGCUACGCAUGAACCAGAUGCAGGUCAUAGGCACCCACAACAGCUACCACCGCGAAGUAAGCCUGGCAGAAGCGCCCUACCACGCCCUUCUGCUCAGCAACCCGCAAGACUACUACUACUCGCACGCCGACCUAGCCCACCAGGCAGAGUACCAGGGGCUGCGCAACUUCAAGAUCGACAUAUGGGCUGACCCGGACGGCGCCAAGUUUGGUUUGCCCCUGAUCCGUCGCAUGGCUCAUCUGGACAUGCCCGACGACCCGGGCAUGAACAAGUCGGGGACCAAGGUGCUGCAUGUGCCCGAUGCCGAUGUCGGGGCGAGCUGCUACACCUUGGUGUCGUGCCUGACCCAGUUGCGCAACUGGAGCAAAGCCCACCCCGACCAUGUCCCGAUCCCCGUGAUGAUCGAGUACAAGCAGCCCACGGGAGAUCUCUCGGAGCUCGGUGGAGCCAAGGCGGAAUGGUGGAACAACACCGGUCUUCUCGAUAGCCUAGACGAGGAAUUCCGCUCCGUGUUCUCGCCAGAGGAGCUCGUCACGACCGACGACGUGCGCUGCGGCAAUCUCACGCUGGAGCAAAGCGUCCUCACCCGCGGAUGGCCGGACCUCGACUCAGCUCGUGGACGAUUCAUGUUCCUCAUGGACAACGCGGACACCGGCGUUCUGGGAGAAGCGCGCAACGCGUCAACCUGGCAGUCCGGGCGUCCCAACGCCGAGGGCCGAGUCGUGUUUCCCCAGAGCAACCCCGGACAGCCCGACUGCGCGUUCCGCAAGAUGAACACGCCGACGGGCGAGUGCCUCCCUGCGAUCCAGGAUGCCGUUUCCAAGGGGUACUGGGUGCGGACGCGGUCCGACGAGCCGAUCUCGACCGUUACGAGCAAUGACACUUGGAGCCGCCGCGAGGCGGCGUUUGCUAGUGGCGCGCAUAUCGUCUCGACGGAUUUUCCCGUCUAUGGGAUGUCCGCGAGAUGGGGUGUGGAUUACGUGGUGAGGUUCAACGAGAGUUAUCAGCAGCCUGCUCGGUGUAAUCCGGUUACUGCGCCGGAGAGUUGUGAUGGAAAUUUGGAUACUUCAAUGCUUUACUAA